ACCUCUCGGCUCUACCCUCGACUCGCUGCGUGCGCCUCAACCCUAGGUGGCGACUAGCGAGCGGGCGAGCAGCUGGGGCGGCCGCGCGAGGGGUCGAGGGUGGCAGUUGGCGACCCGCGGCCAUCUCUCCUAGACCGGACGGGCAGGCGGCAGCACAUCUGCGUCUGGAGGCUGGUGCGGUCAGGCGGAGGCUCCUGUAGGCUCGUUCCAGACUGCGUGCAAGCACAAGUGGCCCUAGGCGUGAGAUUCCGCCAGCUCCACCACUGAUUGCAGGAGUGAAUAGGGGGAACAGGAGGAGGACGAGAGAAUGGUGAAGGGGAGGCUGAAGCCGACGCCAGUCAACGCCCCGGCCGAGGUGGUCUUCGACCCAUCGGCCUCCAGCGCCCGGAAGCCCCGGCGCCCCGGGGCGCCGUCCGCCAGCAACGAGUGGCGCAGCUUCAUGGGAUCGAGUCUCUCGGAUAUGUAUCGGAAGCCAGUUUUGGAGAAAUCUGCGGACACAUCUGAUGAUGAGCCUGACAUUGAUAUUGAGAAGCUGUUGAAAGAUGUUGAGCUCUUUGGCGCAUCUUCAUUUAAGGAGCGGAAGAAAAUCGAGAACCGUAAAGUGGUCGAAUUGGGUGGAAAGGCCAUUAAGAAACACCGCACACCAUUAAGUGUAGCGAAGCCAGCUCUUAAGAAUCAGAAGAAAAGAGAGUUGAAGAAAAUUGAAGAGGAAAAGCUACUUGGGAUUUUUAGGAAGCGAGACAAGAAUAGCAAAGUUCAGAAGACCAGACCAGAGGACCGAGUUCUCAGGGCCACGGAAGGACACUUCAAGAAUGGUAUACUCGACGUGAAGCAUCUUCUGUCAGCACCAAAACCAUCAGGCAGGGAUGCGCCGGAGCCAAAGAUGAGAAAGGGCAAGCACAAGGGGAAGGGAAAACAGAAGGGAGGCAGGAGAAAGAGGCAUUGAGGAAAACACUUUUGUGACCAGUUUUGUAUUAAGAUAGAUGAAUGAAACUUUAGAUGACACCUUGUAAUCGUUCUGGCAUUAAGAUAUUUGUACCUUGUUUUGCUGGAAUCUUGGAAGCAAUAUUUAAACCGAUGUAAUCCUCGAGGCUACAAUUCGUCAAAGUCGCGUUUGCUUCUGCUUUUUAUCCUUGUGCCCGUGUACCUGAUACCUGAUGUCUGGAAACUGUUAUUUUGGGUUACUACAAUUUGCUUAUCUGGCUGCCAUGUA